AACCCUCCCGAUACACCCAAUCACAACACCAACAAUGGGCAGCGUCAGCACAAACUACGAAAACACGGCCGCCCCCGGCGUGCCCUUCUACACCCCGGCCCAGGUCCCUCCGGCCGGCACCCCGCUGGACAAGACGUCGGCGCCGACGCUCUUCCAGCCGCUCAAGAUCCGCUCCCUCGAGCUGCACAACCGCAUCGUCGUGUCUCCCAUGUGCCAGUACAGCGCCGACGAUGGCCACCUGACAGACUACCAUCUCGUGCACCUGGGCCAGCUCGCCCUCCACGGCACGGGGCUCAUCAUCGUCGAGGCCACAGCCGUGGAGCCGCGCGGCCGCAUCUCGCCCCAGGACGCCGGCCUGUGGAAGGACUCGCAGAUUGCGCCCAUGCGCCGCGUCGUCGACUUCAUCCACAGCCAGGGCGUCAAGGCGGGCAUCCAGAUCGCGCACGCCGGCCGCAAGGCGAGCACCCUUGCGCCCUGGAUCGGCGGGACUGCCACCAAGACGCUGGCAGACGAGAGCGUGGGCGGCUGGCCCGAGGACGUGGUCGGAGCCAGCGCGAUUCCCUUUUAUGAAGAUCAUGCUCUGCCCAAGGAGCUGACCAAGGAGGAGAUCAAGGGCCUUGUGCGCAAGUUUGCCGAGACGGCGGAGCGGGCUGUCAAGGCUGGGUUUGACAUGAUUGAGAUUCACGGCGCCCACGGCUACCUGAUUUCCAGCUUUUUGUCGCCCCGAAGCAACGUAAGUGAUUUUGUCCAAUAACGUGUAUAACCGCUUUUGAUGGGCAUGUUGGCUGACAUGUGUGCCCUUUAUAGAAACGAACCGACGAGUACGGCGGAAGCUUUGAGAACCGCAUCCGCUUCGCCCGCGAGGUGACCGAGGCCGUCCGCGCCGUCAUCCCCGAGACGAUGCCGCUCUCGUUGCGCGUCUCCGCGACGGAGCUGAUGGAGUGGACGGGCGAGGAGUCGUGGACCGUCGACGACACGAUCCGGCUGGCCAAGCUGGUGCCCUCGUGGGGCAUCGACAUUUUCGACGUCAGCAGCAGCGGCAACAGCUACGAG